AUGGUCUACUACAUUCGUUUUCUCAAGACCCCCAGGUUCCAGAAGCAGAAACCCGGGUCGAUAUCCGUCUCCGCUCUGAUCUGCAUUACCACCGACCUGGGGGACGCAUUUCUUGCACAGGAUGUGGAUUUACUCAUAACGCUGGGCCUCAAUGACUCUGAUAAAAUCCUAUACCAAGAGCCACUAAGCUGGAAGGCUGGCAAGCGCGAACUUCCGAUACUGCUUGGGCCCUUCUCUGCCAAUAUCUUUCAGCAAACGAUCGUCCUAGGCGUUGCUGCCACAGAUUCGCAGAAGCGGCGGUCACCCUCACCAGACCGUUUGCUGGGCAAUUCCAGUCUUCCUUUAGUCAUGUCUGCCUGGAGCGCACCAUUUGGCGGGUCAUCAUCCUCGGUCGCCGAGAAGCUUGUUGAGAGACGCUUUGGACCCAAGGAUCGCCUAGGCCUGAGGAUCUGGGAGGAGACUGGGAACAGUAUCGCCCGGCAUAUCUGGGAUGCAGCGGUGGCUUCAGUCAUAUACCUUGAGCAGAUAGUUACGGGAGACCCUGCGGUAUCUGCACCAUUGUUGCAAGAGCUUCUACGAGGCGAGCGCAGCUCUCCUCUCCAUGUCCUUGAACUAGGAUCAGGAUGUGGCAUUGUUGGAAUUGCCCUUGCAGAGCUUCUCCCUCAGUGUUCUGUGGUACUCACUGACUUGCCCGAGGUGGAGGAGAUCGUAACGCAGAACAUAGCGGUCGCGAGACCGGCUAAUUCCUCUGAACUCGAAUUUUGCACACUUGACUGGGACGAUGAGCUCCCAGCAGACCUAUGUGGAAGCUCGAUAGACCUGGUUCUCGUCUCAGAUUGUACUUACAAUGCAGACAGCUUACCGGCCCUGGUUUCAGUACUAAGCCGCUUAGUGCAAAUGUCGCCAUAUGCUAUCAUUCUGGUGGCAUUGAAGAGACGCCAUGAGAGCGAGUCUGUUUUCUUUGACCUGAUGCAGUCUGCCGGGCUCCACAACCUGCACCUGGACCAAAAACAGCUUCCAUCACAGCAUGAUCAGUUCGACCAGAUCGAACUGCGUUGUUAUGGACGAAAGGAAAGAAGUGUGCAACCAGAUCAAUAG